AAUGUGGUGGCCAUAAAUAAUUUCCUUCUCUCUCUCUCUCUAAGUUCAACAACUCCCACACCAUGUAUUACUCUUCCACACAUACACACUCUCUCUCUCUCCUCUUCUCACAAAAGAAGAAGAGACCAUUACACAUAGUAGAAUUUACAAUGAAGAUUUAGUACAUAGUUGAAUUUUCAUUCUUAUAGUGACUUUCUAAUUAUCCUUUAUAUAUAUAUAUAUAUAAAUAAAUAUAAGCACAAUUAUUAUAUAUUAAUGGCCAUCAUGGCCGGGAUUCUCGCGGGCUCGGACUCCGCGCGGCGGCGGCAGCAGCAGCGGCAGCGGCUCCGCCAGGCCCGAUCGGCGGCGGAUUCGGCCGCGGUCGGUUCACGGCGAUCAUCAUCAUCAUCAUCAUCUUCUUCUUCUUCUUCUUUGUUAUAUCAUGCAACAAAGGGAACUGAGACUCUGCAUAAUAGUACUGUUGCAACCCUGCAAAUUGUUAGGGGCAAUAAUAAUAAUAAUAAUAAUUACAUGAAUAGAGAGUUUCAUGAUUGGAACCUCGGGAGUGGCGCUCGCGAGGCCAAGGAAAGGUUGGAUGAAAAGCUUCGGAAUCAGAGAUCUUCAUCAGUGGUCAAAAGACGAUAUAGCAUGGUGAGCAUAGUGGGCGCAUUGCAGAAGGAGAUCUUCUCUUAUAGGAAGAGCAGCACGAGGAGGUUCAACUGGAGCAGAUUGGCGUGGAACAAGAAUGUGGAAGCGAAGCCAGAUCACGCGGCUACCGAGUGUGCUGUCUGCCUGGAGGAGUUUAGAGCAGGCGACGAGCUGACCCACCUGCCUUGCGCCCACCGCUUCCACCGUAGCUGCGCCGUGCCCUGGCUCGAAAUCUCACCGCAUUGCCCGUCUUGCCGAACCUGCAUCUUCCCUUCUUGCAGAUAGUACGUAAGAAGAGUAUAAGUGAGAAUGAAUAACAUACUCGCUAUCUUGUUGUUCAAGAUGUAAAUGGAUCCUAGGAUCAACCAAUUUGGACAAAAUAAAAAAGUUAAUGUUCCCUUCCUCUAA